AUGGUUUUGCAGAAUGGUAUUGGAGGUAUUACAAUUAGAAAUGAAGAAAGUAAAAGUAUUCUGAUAUUCGAUCAAGUUACACUACAACAAGCUGGUAACAUUAAGGUAAUAGCAAGUAAUGAAGGUGGACAAGCAUUCUCAUCAUUUAAUAUGACUGUCACUGAAAAGGACAUUGCACCUGAAAUUAUUGCAGGACCGAAUUCAUUAUCAAUUAAAGAGAAUGAUACAGCUGAAUUUCGGGUUGAAAUAACUGGAAAACCUACACCAAUAGUGAAAUGGCAAUUAAACGGACGUGAACUAUCAUCAUCAUCAGAUACAAAUAUUACAAUUAAAUCAUUUGAAGAAAUUUAUAUUUUAAAAAUUGAAAAAGCAAACGUGAAACACGCUGGUGAAGUAGUUGUUACCGCAGAAAAUGCAGCUGGUAUGGUUGGCAAGGAAGUGGUUUUAAAAGUUGAACCAGAUGUAACAAAGCCAAUAUUUAAAACUCAUUUAAUUGAUCGUAGUGUUAAUGAAGGUGAACCAUUACGAUGGGAUGUUGCAAUUGAACGUCCAUAUAAAGGUGUCACAGUUAAAUGGUUUUUAAACGGCAAAGAAUUAACAAAUAAUGAAAAUGUACAAAUCAUAGAUGAUGGUGAAGGUAAAUAUCAUAUAACUAUAAAUGAAGCUAAAUCAGAUAUGUGUGGAACAUUAAUUGUUAAAGCAACAAACACCUAUGGUACAAGCGAAUCACAUGCAUUUGUUGAUGUUAAAGAAGUUAAUCGGAAACCGGAAAUUAUACGACAACCGCAAGAUCAUACGGUUGAGGAAAAUGAAACUGUAAAAUUUAGUGCUAUCAUUUUUGGAAAGCCAACGCCAACUAUUAAUUGGUAUAUGGAUGAAAUGAAAUUAGUGAAUAGCAGUGAAAUUGGUGUUAAAUUUGAUGAAAUCACUGGAAAAACAUCAAUUAAAAUUUUCAAAGCAAAUUUAACUGAUAGUGGAAAAAAGAUUACAAUGAAAGCGAAAAAUACAGAAGGUGAAGUAGAAGCAAGUGCAAUUUUAACUGUUAACAAAAAAUCGGAACCACCAAAUAUUUUAACUGAAAUGAAAAGUCGUCAAGUAAAUGAAGGUGAAACAGUAAAUUUUUCAAUUAAAGUAACCGGUUAUCCAAUUCCGGAAGUAGCAUGGUUUCAUAAUGGUGAACCAAUUGUACCUAGCAGUAAUAUCAAAAUUACUGAAGAGGAUGGUAUGCAUACAUUGGUUUUAAAUGAUGUUCAACCGGAACAAAGUGGUGAAAUUUCAUGUGAAGCAAGGAAUAGUGUCGGAUCUAAAAAGCAAUUAGCAACAUUAGCAAUUAAACCAACCGGAAAAGCACCAUUUUUUGAGAGAAAUAUCGAAGAUAAAUUGGUGGUAGAAGGAGAAGAAUUAAUUAUGGAUGCAAAACUUGCUGAGGUGAAACCAUUUCCUACAAUAACAUGGUUAAAAGAUGGUAAACCAUUGCAAAAUGAUCGUUUUAAAUUAAGUCGAGAAGAUGAUGGAACACUGAAAUUGAAAAUUGAUUCCGUUGAACUGGAUGAUAAAUCACGAAUUACAAUCCGAGCUGAAAAUCAAUUUGGAUCAGCUGAUUGUUCGGCAUCAAUUGGUGUAACUAAGAAGCGACCGAUAGCAAAACCGGCUUUCUUAUCCGAUAUACCGGCAACUACGAUCACUGAAGGAGAAUCUUUGAAUGUUAAAGUAAUUAUCACCGGUGAUCCUGCACCAUUUACCAAAUGGUAUAUCAAUGAUCAGCUUGUGAUAGCAACUGAGGAUACAGAAAUGAAAGAAGAAAAUGGUGUAUAUUCGUUGACAAUUCAUGGUUGUACCAAAGAUAUGACUGGUACCAUUAAAUGUAUUGCAUAUAAUAAAGCUGGUGAGGUAACAGCACAAGGUAGUCUUACUGUUUUGACACCAAUACCGGUGGAAUUUGAAACUUCACUUUGUGAUGCUGUAUGUCGUGAAGGUGAUACAUUAAAAUUGAAAGCUGUAUUAAUGGGUGAACCAACACCAGAAGUUUCAUGGUAUGUGAAUGGAAAAAAAUUGGAAGAAUCACAAAAUAUUAAAAUACAUGCAGAAAAAGGAACUUAUACAGUUACGAUUAGAAAUAUCACAUGUGAUUAUUCUGGAAAGGUUGUAUGUGAAGCAGUAAAUGAGUAUGGUAAAGCAGUGUCAGAAGCAUCACUUCUGGUAUUACCACGUGGUGAACCACCAGAUUUUAUUGAAUGGCUUAGCAAUGUGAAAGCACGACAAGGGUCACAGGUCACUCAUAAGGUAGUUUUUACCGGUGAUCCAAAACCAAAUCUUACUUGGUAUAUUAACAAUGAAGAAAUGAAAAAUAGUGAUGAAAUUGUUAUUGUUACGGAUGAGAAUACAUCAACGCUAGUGAUCAAAAAUUUUAAUCAGGAAAAGCAUACCGGUGAAAUUAUUUGUAAAGCUGAAAAUGAUGCUGGUGAAGUAUCCUGUACAGCUAGCAUGGGUCCUUACACCUCAGAUAUAUUCUCGGAAUCACAAACGGAAUCUGAAGCAAUGGCCGAAGAGGUGCUUAACUUUGAAGAGGGUCCUGAAUUUGGUACGGAAAUUGAUUCCAUUGAAGAAUUUCAACGUACGCCUACACCAAUUAUGGCUCCAAAAUUCAUUACUAAAAUUAAGGAUACUCGAGCAGCACGUGGACAUCAAGCAAUCUUUGAAUGUGUUGUUCCGGAUACCAAAGGUGUUUGUUGUAAGUGGUUGAAAGAUGGCCGUGAAAUAGAACUAAUUGCAAGAAUUCGUGUACAAACUCGAACUAUCGAAGGUUAUGUAACUAGUGAACUGAUCAUUGAUAAUGUUAUACCGGAAGAUGCCGGAAAAUACACCGUUGUGGUGGAAAAUGUUGCUGGCACAGAUUCUUGUGAAGCAAAUCUGAAUGUAAUCGAAGUACUUAUGAAACCGGAAACAUGCGCACCGGAAUUUGUUGUUGCUAUACAAGAUAAAACAUGCAAUGAAGCGGAAAAAGUUAUUUUCGAAUGUAAAGUAAUCGGUGAACCACAACCAACCGUUUCAUGGUUUCAUGAAAAGACUGCUAUAGUUGAGGAAGCAAGUAAAACAAUUAUUGAAUCGGAAGGUGCUAUUCAACGAUUAGUAAUUGUCUCAGCUGAUGUUAUUGACCGAGGACAAUAUACAUGUUUGGCUGAAAAUGUUGAAGGCAAAGCAGAAUCUAAGGCAAUUCUUACUGUCUUAGCUGAAGCGCCACAAUUUACUCGUCACAUCAGUUCUAAAGAAGUAAGCAUAGGUGAGAAAGUAAUUUUGGAUUGUUCUGUUAAAGGUUCACCCCAACCAAUAGUACAAUUUUAUCGGGAAUCUACCCGAAUUAUUUCCGAUUCUCAUCAUUUUAUCGAACAUGAUAGCUCGAAUGUACACUGGAGAAUGAUAAUUGAGAAAACGGAAGAAUCAGAUUUCCGAAAGUAUCACGCUGUUGCAAUUAACUCGGUUGGUAUGGCAGAAUCAGAAGCAGAAAUUAGGCAGAAAGAAGUGAAUCGAAAACUAGAAUUAACCGGAGUGCUAAAGGAUCGAAAAGUUACGGAAGGUGAUGAAGUUAUUAUGGAGGUAAAAUUCUCCGGUAUUAUACCAUCAGACGUUAAAUGGUUCAAAGAUAGCAAGGAAGUUGUGGAAGAAAGAGAAAAAGUUAUAAUAAAAACUGAAGAAGGACGAUCUACACUGGUCAUUAAAAAUGCAAAACCGGAAGAAAGCGGAAAUUAUCGGGUUGAAUUGAUUGAUUCGGAAUGUAAGGAGACGUCAAGUGCUACUGUUACAGUGGAAUCUGUUGCUGUACCACCGCAAUUCACAGAAAUGCUAACCGAUGUUGAAGUUCAUGAACUGGAAACAACGGAAAUGAAGGUAACUGCAACCGGAGUACCUACACCUGACAUACAAUGGUUCAAAAAUGAUGUGCCGGUACAAAUCGAUAGUGAACGAAUAUUCGUUCGAGAAACCGGGACCGGUCAGCAUAUUUUAACCAUUAAGCAGAUGCAAGUGGAGGAUGCUGGUGUUUAUUCAUGUAAAGCAUCUAAUAAGGCAGGUUCUGAAGAAUGCAAAGCAAAUUUUGCGGUACUUGAAGUUUUGCAAGAACCAAGGUUUACCAAAGAAUUAUCCGAAAUUAAGGUGAAGGAAGUAGAAACUGCUGAACUUGCGGUAACAAUAACAGGAAAACCGAUACCGGAAGUUUGCUGGAUCAAAGAUGGAAUACCUGUAAAUAUUGAUAAUGUUCAUUUUGCAACCAAACAAGAUGAAAAUGGACAACAUACCUUGGUAAUUAAGCAAGCUAGAUUAGAUGAUGCUGGUAUUUAUUCAUGCAAAGCUAGCAAUAAAGUUGGUGAAACGGAAACCAAAAUUUUAUUUGCAGUAGAGCAAGAAAUUGAGGUACCACAAUUUCUAGAAGAGCUGAAAGAAUUUGCGGUGCAAAAAGGUGAAACAGCUGAAUUAUCGGUAACAGUAAUUGGAAAACCAACACCAGAAAUAGCAUGGUAUAAAGAUGGAAUACCAGUAAACAUUGACAACAAACACAUUCUAAUGAAAACAAAUGAACAAGGCCAAUCAACAUUAAUUAUUAAGCAAACUGGUUUAAAAGAUAGCGGUGUUUACUCAUGCAAAGCUACCAAUAUAAUUGGAAUAGCUAAAAGUGAAGCUAAAUUUGCGGUUGAAGAAUUUCUCGAAGAACCAAAAUUCAUUGAAUGUUUACAAGAGGUUUCAGUGCAAGAAAAUGAAACAGCACAACUUUCAGUUACGGUGGUUGGAAAACCAUCACCUGAGGUAGUAUGGUUGAAAGAUGGUGUACCAAUUAAUAUUGAUAAUGAGCAUAUCAUUUCGAAGAAAGAUGAACAAGGACAUCAUACAUUGAUAAUUAAAGAAGCUCAACUGAAAGAUAUUGGUACUUACUCAUGUAAAGCGAUCAAUUCAGCUGGUACCAAAGAAUUAGAAACAAAAUUAGCUGUUAUAUCAGAAUUGAUACCACCAUUAUUUACAGAUGAAAUUGGUGAAUUAGAAAUACAAGAAGGUGAAAAAGCCGAAUUGAAAUGUACCGUUAUUGGUAAACCAAUACCAGAGGUAACUUGGUUAAGAAAUGGUAUUGUGAUACAGAUUGAUAAUACACAUUUCUUUAAAAAAGAUGAUGAAACUGGAAGACAAACAUUAAUAAUUGCUAAUGUAAAUAGCGAAGAUUUUGGUACCUAUACAUGUAUUGCUACAAAUUCAGUUGGUAGUGCUGAAAUUGCUGGAAAAAUUAAAUUUCCAAAAUAUGGUUUUGAAAGGAUGCAAGAGGAAGAAGUUAAACCAAUGUUUAUUGAACCAUUAGAAACACAUACCGUUAAAGAAGGUGAAACAAUCAGUAUAAAAUGUCGAGUAAAUGAAAAUGCUGGUGCUGAUAUUCAUUGGUACCUAGGUGAUAAGCCAAUUGAACCAAAUGAACAUUUAAUGGUGGAAAAACUUGAAAAUGGUAUUAUGAAGCUAAUAAUUCAAAAUGCUACCAAAGAAGAUGUUGGUGUAUACCGUUGUGAAGCAAUUAAUAAAUCCGGAAAAGCAGCAACAACAGCAAAGCUUAAUUUUGCAAUUGAGGAAAAUUUGGCAGAAGCAGAAGAUGAGCUACCUGCUUCAAUUGGAUUUAUUCAACCAUUGAGCGAUAUUGUCACAGCAGAUAAUUCAACAGCAGAAUUGUCAUGUGCUUUGAGUGCUACCAGAGGUGAUGUUCAGGUACAUUGGUCUAAAGAUGGUUUAGAAGUAUCACCACAACAUGUCACCAUUGAGCAACUUCUUGAUGGUACUCAGAAAUUAAAAAUUGCUAAAGUAACCGCAGAAGAUGCUGGAACAUAUCGAUGUACCGCUUCCAUUGGUGAUUCAUCUGCAUGGACCGAAGGAAAAAUCACCAUUCUAGAACAAGCAAAAGCAACAGUGCAAGAUGAAGGACCACCAGAAUUUACGGAACUUUUGAAAUCUUGCACAGUAGCUGAAAAUGCUGAAAUUAUCCUUCAAUGCAAACUGAAAGGCUUGCCAAAACCAACGAUAUCCUGGAUGAAAGAUGGUACCAAGUUGGAUCAAAAUCAUCGUGUAAUUACAGAGUACCAUGAAGAUGGUACCAUUAUAUUGAAAAUUAAAAAUGCCAGGAAAGAGGAUAGUGGUGAAUAUCGAUGUGAUGCAGUUAAUACAUUUGGUGCUGCUUGGACUGCUGGACCUGUUCGGGUUGCAACCGAAUCAGAAUUACAACGAGAAGGCGAAGCACCUGAUUUUAUUGAACCGAUCAAACCUGUUACUGUUUCAGUUAGUGAAACAGCAAUAUUAGAGGGUAAAGUGAAAGGGGAACCAAAACCAGAGAUUAAAUGGUUUAAUGGUGAGAAUAUUGUGAAGGAAACCUCAAACAUUCAGCUAGAAAAUCUUCCGGAUGGUACUCAAAGACUUACAAUUAAAAAUGCAACCGUUGAUGAUACCGGAGAGUAUCGUUGUGUUGCAAGUAAUCAAUACGGUGAUGUAUGGUGUGAUGUUACACUUACCGUUCAAGUUCCUAUAUCAGAGGAAGAAGGUGCAAAUGAAUAUGCAGCACCAACAUUUUUGAGAACCUUAGAAGGAAUUCAUGCUAAAGAAUUAGAACAUGUUGUAUUAGAAUGUAAAAUUGUUGGUGAACCAAUGCCUGAAAUUAAAUGGUUUAAGGAUAAAAAGGAAAUUAGUGCAAAUGAUACACAUUUCAAAAAGGAAACACUUCCGGAUGGUACAGCUCGGUUAAUUAUUGAUUCGGUUAAUAAGGAUGAUACUGGUGAAUUCAGAUGUGAAGCACAGAAUAACUUUGGUACAGCACGUACAGAUGCUAUGCUAAAUGUUUGGUAUGAUUUUGAGGUACCAGUGCAAAGUGAAAUUUCACCAGAAUUUGCACAGGAAUUGAAAGCAGUACAGGCUACUGAAGGACAACAAAUUUCAUUUGAAUGUCGAGUAGUUGGUGUUCCUGUACCAGAGGUAAAAUGGUUUAGAGAUGGUGAAGAAGUAAAAUCUGAUGAACAUGUCCGUAUCGAAAGUCUACCGGAUGGUACCAAUCGUUUAGUGAUUGAUUCAGUUAGUGUUGAAGAUCAAGGUAAUUAUCGAUGUGAAGCAACAAAUAGCGCCGGAUCGAUGAGUUCAAAAGCUCCAUUAACCGUUCAUGAAGUGGAAACGUUAAAGUUGAAAAAAGGCUUAGUAGAUACGAAAGUGGAAAUUGGAACUAAGAUUCGAUUGUUCAUUGAAAUUGAAGGAAAACCAAAAACAGUACGAUGGUUUCAUGGAAAGGAUGAAAUUAAAGCAAACAAACGAACAAAACUGGAAACAAUUACGCAAAAUGAGUAUAGCUUAGAAACUGAUAAAGCGGAAAGUUCAGAUGAAGGUACUUAUCGUGUAGUUUUAUCAACUGAUACGGAAAUGGUUGAAUCAUCAUGUGCAGUAACCGUAUUCGAACAUGAAACAGUACCGGUAUUUCGGAAAGGUCUUCAGGAUCAGAAUGUACCGAAAGGAACCAAACUUGUCCUUGAGAUCGAAUUAGAUGGUACACCGAAACAGAUUAAAUGGUUAAAAUCCGGUAUACCGAUUGAUGAUAAAAUAAUGAAAGCGAAAGAUCUUGGUAAUGGAAAAUAUCAGUUAGUAAUAGAUGAAAUUAAGGAAAAUGAUACCGGUGAAUAUACCGUACAGGUAUCUAACGAUGCCGGAACAAUCGAAUCAAAAGCAAAUAUUACUCUAAAAAAAGAGAAACCGGAAAUUAUCAGUAAAUUAAAGCCAGUAACAGUUGAAGUUGGUGAAAAAGUAACAUUUGAAGUGGAAACUAAAGGAACAAUCAAACAAGUUAAAUGGUAUAAGAAUGGCGUAGAAGCAAAAAAUGUUGAAACGAAGAAAAUCGGUGAUAACAAAUAUCAGUUAAUUAUUGAUAAGGCAACAAAAGACGACGAAGCUGAAUAUAAGGUUGUGUUGUCAAAUGAAGAAGGUGAUGCCGAGUCAUUAGCUAAACUUACCGUAAAACUACCGAAAAUUGAAUUUACUAAAAGUUUAGAGGACCAAACGGUUGAUGCUGGUACCAAGGCUGUCCUAAGCAUCGAAGUUAAUUUACCUCCAAAACAAGUUAAAUGGUACAAGAACGGCAAAGAAAUCACUGGAAGUGAUAAGGCUAAACCGAAUAAGCCCAAUGAUAAUACUUAUCAAUUGGUGAUACCAGAUGCAGGCAAAGAUGAUACUGCUGAAUAUAAAGUUGUACUUAUCACUGAUGAUGAAACUGUCGAUUCUUCUUGUGCGUUAACAGUAAAGUUACCAAAGUUAAUUAUUAUAAGAGGCUUAGAAAAUCAAUCUGUUAAUGCUGGUGAAAAAGUAUUACUUGGUGUCGAGGUUAAUACGCCACCGAAAUCGGUUAAAUGGUAUAAAAAUGGUAGAGAAAUUGGCUCAGAUGAUAAGGCAAAACCGAUAAAAGUUAAUGAUAAAAAUUAUCAACUUGAAAUAUCUAAUGCUACAGAAGAUGAUGCUUUUGAUUAUAAGAUUAUACUUUCAAAUGAGGAAGAUAGUGUGGAAUCGAGUUGUACGUUAACGGUUAAAAAACCAAUUGAAAAGCCAUCAAUCAAAAAAGGAAUUGAAGAUCAGUUUAUUGCAGUUGGAAAAUCUCUGGAAAUUGCAAUUGAGACAAAAGGUGAGCCAAAAGUUGUAAAAUGGUAUAAAAAUGGGCAGUUAUUAUCAGGCGAAACAAGUAAAACAGUUAAAACAGAUAAGAUUGAUGAUAACAAUUAUGUGUUAAAAGUCGAGAAAUGUACUUUGGAUGAUAGUGGUACUUAUUCGGUUGAAGUACAAAAUGAAGCAGGUCAAGCUAAAAGUUCAGGCGAGAUAAUCGUCGAAGAUAAGCUAAGCUUUUUGACACCAUUGGAAGAUAUUGAAGUGAUUGAAGCUGAACAAGCGGUAUUUAUGGUUGAAACAAAUGUUCAUCCACGAAUUGUUAAAUGGUAUAAAAAUGGCCAAGAAAUUAAGGCUGUAAGUGGUCGAAUCGAAAUGAAAGAUAAUACGACGAGAUUUCAACUUAUCAUUAAAAAAGCUGAAAGUGAUGAUAAAGCUGAUUAUAAGGUUGUCUUAUCGAAUAGCGCCGGAGAUUUGGAAUCAUCAGCAAAAUUAACAGUGAAAAAAUCAAAGGGUCAACCAAAAAUUAUUAAAGGUUUAGAGGAUCAGGUUAUUGCAAAAGGUGAUCAAUUGAUACUGGAAAUUAAGGUGGAUGAAGAACCAACUGAAGUUCGAUGGCUCAAAAAUGGCAUUGCACUUCCGAAAAAUGUUGACGCUAAAAUUGAAAAAGUUGAUGAGCAAUUGUAUCGUUUAACAAUUCCACAAGUUGAUACUACCGAUGCAGGUGCAUAUAGUGUUGAAGUAAUUAAUGAAGUUGGCAAAGUGCAAAGUACUGGCAAUGUGGAUGUUGAUUUAAAGCCUGAAAUUGUUAAAGGCCUAGAAGAUUGUGAAGUUAAUGAAGGUGAUGAGCAAUUGUUCAAGGUUGAAACAAAUGUACCUGUUCGAGAAGUUAAAUGGUAUAAGAAUGGUCAAGAAAUAAAGCCUUCACCAAAGAUAAUUACGAAACAAAUUACUUCGAAAAAGUUUGAACUUAUUGUUCCUGAAGCAUCAAUGGACGAUACUGCCACCUAUAAGGUAAUGCUUAGUAAUAAAGCUGGCACUUGUGAUUCAUCAGCUAAUUUAAGUGUUGUAAAGCCUAAUGUGCUAAAAGUUCUUGAAAAUCUGAAAGAUGUUGAAGUAAAUGAAGGUGAACCGAUCAAACUAUCUAUUAAAGUUGAAGGACAACCAAGAACUGUCAAAUGGUUCAAAAAUGGCCAAGAAAUUAAGCCAGAUGAUCGUGUGCAAAUUACAGAAAAUCCUGAAACUGGUGUGUAUACGUUAACAAUACCGGAAAGUUUAGCAUCAGAUGACGCCGCAUAUCGUGUGGUACUGUCGAAUAAACUUGGCGAAGUGCAAAGUGGCUCUAUUAGUCGUGUCAAAUCAAAGAAAAUAGAACCAAUCAUAAGUGCAGCAACUUUUAUUACACCAUUGGAAGAUGUUGUUUUACCAGAAGGUGCCAAUUUAACUCUAAAAUGUAAAGUAUCCGGUGAGCCAACACCAACACUUAAAUGGUAUAAAAAUGGUAACGAAAUUAUUAAAAAUGAUCGUAUUGUAAUGCGUAUGACAUUAGAUGGUACAGCAACGUUACGUAUUCUGGAUAGUAAGAAGGAAGAUACCGGUAGAUAUACGGUUACAGCAAUUAAUUCAGCUGGUGAAUCGAAAUCUGAAUGUAGUGUUCAAAUCUUAGACAGUGACGAAUUACCAUCAGAACCGAAAUUUGUUAUUCCGCUUAAAGAUGUGGUAGCAGAAAUUGGUACCAAAGCUGAAUUCAAUGUUAAAGUUCGUGGUAUACCAAAACCUACACUUAAAUGGUUAAUUGCUAAUCAAGAUGUGUCACAUUUGGAUGGUAUUAAAAUUGAAGAUUUAAAUGAUGGUAAUUGGACAAUGAUUAUUGAAAAUGUUACUGAAGCAUUUAUUGGUCGUAUUAAAUGUAUUGCAAUGAAUGAAAAUGGCAAAACAGAAUGCGAAUCACAACUAAUUCAAACUGAGUCAAAAAUUGGAAAAGUAAAAAGUGACGAAGGUUAUCCACCAAAAUUCAAUGUACCAUUAUGGGAUCGACGAAUACUGGAGGGACAAGUUACAACAAUUGAAUGUCAUGUUGAUGCUAAACCAAUUGCUAAUAUUAUUUGGACAAAGGAUGGUAUUACUUUAACAGAAUCAGAUCGUAUUGAAAUUCGUAAUACACCAGAUGGUGCAUGUCGUAUACGAAUUAAUAAUUUUUGUGAUGAUGAUGUUGGUACCUAUAAAUGUACUGCUACAAAUACAUUUGGUGUUGCUGAUACACGAUCAAAUCUUAAUAUUCAAAUAAAAGAAAAAGAAGAAAUAGUAGCAAAAAAAGAAUUUCCUCCACGUUUCAAUCCACCACUUAUGGAUAAAUUUGCGGAUAUCGAUGAGACAGUCCGUCUAUCCUGUAAAGUUGAUGCAUCACCAAAAGCAACUAUAACCUGGUAUAAGGAUGGAGUACCAUUACGGAGUAAUAAUCGUAUUAUCAUCGAGAAUGAUAACGAUGGUAAUUGUUUGUUGACAAUCAAUCACAGCACCGAAUCGGAUGAUGGCGCUUAUCGUUGUGUUGCUAUCAAUGAUAUUGGUAGCUGUAAUUCAGCUUGUAUGGUAUCUAUUCGUAAGAUAAAAGAAGAAAUUAAAAAAGAAGGUGAAGAACCAUUUUUCACCAAAGGUUUGGUGGAUAAAUGGUUGGAACGUGGUGAUAAGUUAAUCUUACAAUGUACCGUAAUUGGUGAACCAAAACCAGAAAUUCGUUGGUAUCGUAAUGGAAUUUUAUUACGAUCAAAUAACAAAAUUAACAUUGAAAAUACAUCGGAUGGUUUAUGCACAUUAACAAUUGAUGAAUGCGCAAUGUGUGAUGAAGGAAUUUAUCGUUGUGAUGCUGAAAAUUGUAAUGGAAAAGCACGAACACAAUCAACUAUACAUAUUGAAAGACCAAUUGAAAAACUGGAAAAGAAGGUUGUCGAAGGUGAAGCACCACGGUUUAUCAUACCACUUCAGGAUAUAACAGUUUAUACCGGUUCCACAAUUGAUUUAGAAUGUAAAGUAGUUGGUGAUCCAAUGCCAACAAUUAAAUGGUCGAAAGAUGGUAUGAUACUUCGUGAUGAUUCACGUUAUCAAUGGGAAAUAGAUAGUACUGCUGGUACUUAUCGGUUGAAGAUUAAUGAUGCAAAUGUGAAUGAUGAAGGUGCAUAUCGAUGUGUUGCAACGAAUAUUGCUGGUUCAGCUACUACAAAAUCAUUUGUCAGAAUAGAUGAUGGUAGCUUAAUUCAAAAGCCAUCUUCCAAUGAACCACCUCGUUUUAGCAUUGCUUUGGGUGAUGCACGUGCUGUUGAAGGUCAACCGUUGAAAUUGGAAUGUAAGAUUGAAGGAGCACCUUUGACUGAUCUUAUUUGGUACAAAGAUGGUGAACGAAUCAUUCCUGAUGAUAGAAUUAAGAUUGAAUCUGAUUCAGAUGGCCGAAUACGUCUUAUUAUUAAUUCAUGCAUUGCAAAUGAUGAAGGUUUAUAUCGAGUAAUUGCAACAAAUCCAUUUGGUUCAGCACAUAGUAAAGCUACUGCAACAGUUAAAAAAGUGCUCGAAGAUGCAACCAAUGGUUUUAUUGAUGGCGAACAAUUCGAUGCAUAUCGUGCUCCACGUGUUAUUAUACCACUUGAAAGUAUCAAAAUUAUGGAAGGUAAUGAUUUUACGCUACGAUGUAAAUUUAGCGGUGAUCCAAGGCCAAAAAUUAAAUGGUUCAAAAAUGGUGAACGUGUUUACUCUUAUGGUCAUUGUACUUUGAUUGAAAACGAAGAUGGUAAUUGUGAAUUAAUUGUUAAAAAUGCUAAUCGAUUUGAUGGUGGUUGUUAUCGAUGUGUUGCAGAAAAUAUAUAUGGAUCAGAUAGAACAAUAUGUGAAGUUGCUGUGCAAUUAAAAGAAAAGAAACCACAACGUAAUUUCGAGGAUGAAAUUCGUGAAGGUAAUGCACCAGGUUUCUCGGUACCACUUGCUAUGAAACGUGCUAAAGCAGGUGACACCGUUAUUCUGGAAUGUGUCCCAUAUGGAAAACCUUUUCCAGAAAUUAAAUGGCUUAAAGAUGGUAUUGAAAUUGAAAGCAAUGAUAAAAUUAGGAUUGAAAGUUUGGAUGAUAAAACCCAACGUAUAAUUCUAAAAGAUGUUGAUUUCUUUGCGGAAGGAUUCUAUCGAUGUGUAGCAACCAAUGAGUACGGUACCGCUUCUACAAAAGGAGAAAUUGCGCUUGAAGGUGAUCGAACAUUACUAGCAAAGAAAAUGGAACCAUUACUUAGUGAGGAACCGACAGAAAGUAAACCACGUAUUCGUCGUGGUUUAUAUAAUAUGAGUGUACAUCAGGGUAAUACUAUUGAAAUGCAAGUGUGUACAUCAGGUUGGCCAACUCCAACUGUGAAAUGGUUUAAAAAUGGUCAAGAAUUAAAAUCUAGUGGACCAGAUGGUCCAGUGGUGGUAUGGACCGAUGAACGCGGUAUUCACCAUUGUGUAAUCCUGAAUGCCUCACCGGAGGAUGAAGCUGAAUAUGCUUUGGAAGCUACCAACAAACUUGGCACAGCACGAACCGAAGGCGCUAUCACAAUUAUCAGGCCAAGAGAAGUACCAGGCUAUGAGGAUGAUCGAGAUAGAGGUGGUAUGCCAUAUCCUCCAGGAUUUAUUCGUCAACUCAAGAAUAAACAUGUCUUCUCACAUAUGCCAACAAUAUUUGAUUGUCUUGUAGUUGGUUAUCCACCACCUGAGGUUGAAUGGUUCCAUAACGGUAAAAAGAUAAUACCUGGUGGUCGGAUACGUAUUCAGUCGUGUGGAGGUGGGUCACACGCCAUUAUCAUCAUGGAUACACUUCCGGAAGAUGCAGGAGAAUAUGUAGCAAUUGCUAAGAACUCACAUGGACAAGCUUCAAGUAGUGCGGUAUUAGAUGUAACUGUACCUCUCUUGGAUUCAAUUAAAUUUGAUGGUUCAAUUGAUGUUACACCUUAUCUAACAGAAGAAUAUGGUUUUAAGAAAGUUCCACAUCAUAACAUUCCAACACCACCGGAUCGUGGUCCAUUCAUUAAAGAAGUUACCGGACAUUACUUAACACUUUCAUGGAUUCCAACCAAGAGAGCUCCACCACGAUAUCCUCAAGUAACGUACGUAAUUGAAAUACGCGAAUUACCUGAAAAAGAUUGGAUUCUACUUGAUUAUAACAUUCCUGAACCGGUAUGUAAAGUUCGAAAUUUGGAACUUGGUAAAAGUUACCAAUUUCGAGUACGUGCGGAGAAUAUUUACGGUAUUAGUGAUCCAUCACCUGCUUCACCACCAUCUCGACUGAUGGCACCUCCGCAACCGGUGCUUGAUAAAAAUAAACGAGUUAUUCCGCUACUCGAUCCGUAUGCUGAGAAAGCACUUGGUCAAGCGCAUGCGGAACAAUAUGCAUGUGCACCAUGGUUUGCACCUGGUGUGGAAGAGAAACGAUUCUGUGGCGAAAAUGAUACGCUAUCAAUAACGCUAUGUGUAUCCGGUUUUCCUGAUCCAAAAAUUAUUUGGAAAUUUCGUAACAUGGAUAUUGAUACUGGACCUAUGUCUAGAAUUCGGGUACUAAACCAUGCUGGCACAGAAACAACACUUAUAAUAAAUGGAUUUAAUAAGGAAAAUGUUGGACAAUAUCAAUGUAUUGCAAUUAAUCAGUAUGGUGAAGCACAACAAAAUAUCCAAGUUCUUUUGGGUGCACGACCAAAGUUUAUUCAACCGUUGAUUAAUAAAGUAGUACCUAAUGGUAAACCACUCAGGUUAGAUGUACGUAUUGAAGGAAGUCCUUUUCCGGAAUUGAAAUGGAUGAAGGAUUGGAGACCAAUCGUAGGAUCAUCUCACGUUAGUUUUACACGUGAAGGUUCAUUAUGCUCAUUGAUCAUUAAUGAACCGUUGUGGUGCGAUUGCGGAAUUUAUUCCGUCGUAGCCAUAAACGAUGCUGGCACAGCGACAACAUCGUGUUCAGUAACUAUUGAAGCUGACGGUGACUUCAGCAUGAUGCAUGAUAUUCGAAAGGAAAAAUCUCGCAUAACGCUGGAAGCUCGUAAAGUUCGAGAAAUUUAUGAAAUUGAUGAAAAUGAUGAAAAGUACGAGUACAAUGCUUCAAAUUGA